UUGAACCCACGUCUCCAUGAAUACUAGUUGGGUUCGCUAACCACAGAGCCAAGAUGGGAACUCCUGAUUUUUGAAAUUCUCAUUUCUCCUUUGCUCUGAUUUCCAUUUUUAAAAAAGGUUUUGUAUCAUGUUCUUAGAAAUGCUCCUUUUGGAAUAAGGUCAAGUGUAAGUAUGGAGUGAAUGAGUUUAAAUCUUGUCUCUUUCACUAACUGACCGGAAUAAGUUUUCUCAGCUAUGAAAAUGAGGAUCACAUCUUACAGGCUUAUUAGGAUUAAGUGAAGGAAAAGUGCGAAGCACCUGACAAGGCUCUUGACAUAUGGUAAGUGCUUGAUAGAUAUCUCCAUCCACCUUUCUUACGACGGAUAGAAGCCUCUAACAUAAUAUCUGCUUGAAUGAAGACAGAUACCGCGCCCCACAUUAUUUGAGUACAUUUGUUCUUCAGAAAACAAGCCAAAAAUAGGUUAUAGGCUUGGCACUGUGAGAUUCUUGGGACACAAAUAGUAGUGAAAUAGAGGCUUUGUCUUCAAGGAAUUUGCACUGUGGUUAUGAAAAUAGCUGAGUAAGCUGACAAUUAUAGGACAGUGUGGUAUGUGCUGUGACAAAUUACACAGGAGGGAAGGCUUCUUCAGAGGAGAUGGGGCCUGAGCUCAACUUUGUGGUAGCAUUUUAAAAAUUGUUUUUGGUGCUAAUGACUGCUUAGGAAUUAAUUUUCCCAAAUUAAGCUGCACACAAUGGGAGGGGAUUAAAGCAGGUAACUCCCAAAGUCCUUUUGAAUUCUAAGAUUACAUGAAAACUGUUCGAAUUAAAGUCAAAUGAUUUGAUUACCAAAGUGGAAUUAAUGUUGGCUGAAUAAGCCCAGAAUGACACCAAUGUAAGGAGUAAAAUAAGUGAGCUAAAGUGAGUUUUUUUAAGUCAUAAUUAUGCUUUGUUGCCUCUUUAAGAAGUUGGAGAAUCUAUGCUUGUGAGCUCAAUAAAGAUAAACCAAAUAAAUCUACUCCUUUAAAACAGUGGUUGGUUUCUGGGGGAAAAAUGUCUGGCAUUAAUGUAUUUAGUCUGUAAACCACCAGAUGUCACUGUCUCCCAAGUAAUGACCCAUUACAUUUUUUUUUUUUUUUUCAGGUACAUUUUUGAACAUUGACAGACAAGCUGUGACAGAUUGAUGUCUGGCUUGUAAUAUUGACUCUGUAAGAAGGCUAGGAUCUCACAGGAAGUACUUGUCAGAGGUGUUCAUCGGGGAAAGCAGAGUGGUCCCCGUGCUGGAAACAAGAAAGGAUGACAGUUUCUGAGACUGACUGUUGACGGCUUGGAGGUACCCACACCCCCCAUUCAAAAUGCCUUUCAAAGCAUUUGAUACCUUCAAAGAAAAAAUUUUGAAACCUGGAAAGGAAGGAGUGAAGAACGCUGUGGGAGAUUCGUUGGGGAUUUUACAAAGAAAAAUUGAUGGAACCAGUGAAGAAGAAGACAUGGAACUGAAUGAAGAAGGAAGGCCUGUGCAGACAUCCAGGCAGAGACCCCCACUCUGUGACUGUCACUGCUGUGGUGUCCCCAAGCGUUACAUCAUUGCCAUCAUGAGUGGGCUGGGAUUCUGCAUUUCCUUUGGCAUUCGGUGCAAUCUUGGAGUAGCCAUCGUGGAAAUGGUCAACAACAGCACUGUUUACGUUGAUGGAAAACCAGAAAUUCAGACAGCACAAUUCAACUGGGAUCCAGAGACGGUGGGCCUUAUUCAUGGAUCUUUUUUCUGGGGUUAUAUUGUGACACAAAUUCCAGGUGGUUUCAUUUCAAAUAAGUUUGCUGCCAGCAGGGUCUUUGGAGCUGCCAUCUUCUUAACAUCGACCUUGAACAUGUUCAUUCCUUCUGCAGCCAGAGUGCAUUACGGCUGUGUCAUGUGUGUCAGAAUUUUGCAAGGUCUCGUCGAGGGUGUGACCUACCCCGCCUGCCAUGGGAUGUGGAGUAAGUGGGCGCCGCCUUUGGAGAGAAGCCGACUGGCCACAACCUCUUUUUGUGGUUCCUAUGCGGGAGCUGUGAUUGCCAUGCCGCUGGCUGGGGUGUUGGUACAGUACAUCGGAUGGGCCUCUGUCUUUUACAUUUACGGUAUGCUUGGGAUGCUUUGGUACAUGUUUUGGCUGUUGCAAGCCUAUGAGUGCCCAUCAGCUCACCCAACAAUAUCCCAUGAGGAGAAGACCUAUAUAGAGACAAGUAUAGGAGAAGGAGCCAACUUGGUUAGUCUCAGUAAAUUUAAUACACCAUGGAAAAGGUUUUUCACAUCGUUACCGGUUUAUGCAAUCAUUGUGGCAAAUUUUUGCAGAAGCUGGACCUUUUAUUUGCUGUUGAUAAGUCAGCCUGCUUAUUUUGAAGAGGUCUUUGGAUUUGCAAUAAGUAAGGUGGGUCUCUUGUCAGCAGUCCCACACAUGGUUAUGACUAUCGUUGUGCCUAUUGGAGGACAAUUGGCUGAUUAUUUAAGAAGCAGAAAAAUUUUGACCACAACCGCUGUCCGAAAAAUCAUGAACUGUGGAGGUUUUGGCAUGGAGGCAACCUUACUCCUGGUGGUUGGCUUUUCUCACACCAAAGGGGUGGCUAUCUCCUUUCUGGUGCUUGCUGUGGGAUUUAGUGGUUUUGCCAUUUCAGGUUUUAAUGUCAACCACUUGGACAUUGCCCCCCGCUACGCCAGCAUUCUCAUGGGAAUCUCAAAUGGAGUGGGGACGCUCUCUGGGAUGGUCUGUCCCCUCAUUGUGGGCGCCAUGACCAAGCACAAGACCCGAGAGGAAUGGCAGAACGUGUUCCUCAUAGCUGCCCUGGUGCACUACAGUGGGGUGAUCUUCUACGGGGUCUUUGCUUCCGGGGAGAAGCAGGAGUGGGCUGACCCUGAGAACCUCUCUGAGGAGAAGUGUGGGAUCAUUGACCGAGACGAAUUAGCUGAGGAGACAGAACUCAACCAUGAGUGUUUUGCAAGUCCCCAAAAGAAGAUGUCCUAUGGAGCCACCACCCAGAACUGUGAAGUCCAGCGGAAGGAAUGGAGAGGACAGAGAAGAGGGACCCUGGAUGAGGAAGAGCUGACCUCCUACCAGAAUGAAGAGGGAACCUUCUCUGAUACGUCCUAGUGUCUGAGGGGCACUUCUGUCUUCUCCCUGCUUUAGCAUCAGAAAAUAUUCAUACCUAUUGCCUUCUCCAUAGCCUGGCUUGUCGGAGGGUCAACUACAGGGACACUGGAUGUGGAGGAGCAGGGAGAGGAGAUUUAAUCAGCAAUAGGGAAGAAAAAGGUAUCAUCUUAUUACCUUGAAAUGACAACUUGCUCUACGUUGACAGAAUGAGUAUGUGUAUUUAUGCAUAUAUUUAUGUGUGUGUAUAUAUAUACAAUUUUUUGAUUGGCCAUUGACUCUUCUUUCAAAGAAUUAAACUUAUUCAGGAAGGAAUAACUAGAAGAACUAGAAGAGACAGUACCAUGUCUUUCAAGGAAAUGGAGGAAAUGGGGAUAUUUGGCCUGGAAGAGAAAAAAUCAAGAGCUGCUACUAUAUUUCUUAGAGCAGCCAGGCAGGGGAGGUUUCCUAUUCCUAAUAAAGGCCACCACUUAUGAAGGCCCUGUAUUGUGCCAGGUGCUUUAGAAAAUUCUCAUUUACUCUUCAUACCCCUGUGACAUACAUUUCUUAUGCCCAUUUUGCAAGGAAGAAACAAAAGCAACAAGGGAUUGACUUGCCCAAGGUCAUUCUGCCAGGGACAGUGCUGAGACUGGUGGAGCCCAACAUAGGUGGAAGUUUUGGAGAAGAGGGUUUCACUUCAGGUGAGAGAAAGACAUUUUUAAUAAUGAAAACUGAAAAUGGGGGUGGGUUGUCACGUGGAUAAGUGGGUGUCCCUAAGUGACAGGCAUGGGGGGAUGGAGAACACUUAGGGUGAUGUGGCAGAGAACAUUCAAACAUUACAUGAAGGACUGGAUUCAAAGGCCCUUAGGGUCCCAGGCAAUCUGAAGAGUCAGAUAAUUCCGUGAAUUUAUAGCUUUUUAAAUAAUAAGGAUCACAGACUAUGUGAAGGAUUCAAAUAGGUUAAAAAAAAAAGUUGAAGAGAAAGCUGAGAAAGAUAGCACAUUUCCAAGAAUCUGAUAGUCAGAACGGAUGAUAAUAAGUAAAUUAAAUGUCAACCCUUUAUAAUACCAAGAAUGUGGUUAAGUAACGUCCCAAAUUGCUUCAAAAUCUUUAAGAUGUUUAGUAAUUUAAGAAGCUGGUUCAUGCGUUUUAUUAGGUAAAAUUCUUUUAAAAAGAGUCUUCUAUUAAAAAAUGUGUAUCUUUAGCGAUUUCUGCUGGUGAUAUUAGGAAGUUUGAUCAACUUAUACAAAAUUAAGAUUGAAGUAUUCCUAAUGACUGCAUUUGGAAUGAUAUUCGGGGAAACUGCAAUAAUAUAGCAGUAGUUAAAUGGUGAAAUACUAGAAUUUAAACAUCUGAGACAACUAGACCCAAAGUGAGUGUUGAAAAAUUAAUCUUUGCAUAAGGCAAUAACGUGAAUACUCUCUAGAUAUAUUUUAAAAUUUAGUGAUAUUUUAAAACAAUGUUGGCAUGUAAAAGGGUGUUGGAAAGUAAAACUAUUUUCCUGUUCAUUGUUUUUGAAAAUUUUAUUUCUACUUUUAGAAGAAAAAUAUAAUAUCGCAGAAAAAUUGUAGAUUUACUUAUAGUUUGUUAUUGUAAAGUGUUCCCCACCCCAAUUUCUUCCACUUGUAUACUUCUGGUCCCUAACUGUAUCAGCAGAAUUGUAGUGUAUUUUGUAAAAAGAAUAAUUUUGAAAAAAAUUGCCUGAUUCUCUAUCAAAUAGUAUAUUUAUGUCAUUGGUAUAUCAUUUGUGUUAGCGUAUAUCUUUAAAACUUGUUAGUGAGUGAAUCCAUGUAAAUUCCUGAGAACAGUUCCUGGCAUGUAGAAAGUGCUCAAUAAACAUUAGAUAUCAUCAUCAUUACCAUCUUUUAACCUAUUGGGGAACUUUUCACUUGAAAAGAAAGCAUGCUAUGUCAUUUUCAUCCAUUCAUCACAGGAUUUAUUGUGAAAGUCGUCCUGUUUUCUAAGUAAAAAAAAAAAAAAAUGAGAUAUUUGUGGUAGCCAGUGUUUUAUUUUUUCUUCUGUUAAUGAGGUCAAAUAACUAUUAAAAAAUC